AUGCCUUCUUUUGGGCCAAGAAUUGGCUCGUCGGCGCUGCGCUCAGCUGUCAGGCCAUACGUCUGCCCGUCAUGCCUCGUUCAAACAGCCGCGGCGCGAAAACAGCAGCAUCGUCAAUUGAGCAAUAGGAACACAACGAGCUCGCCGAGUACACACACAUCUCGCGCUCUGCAAUCGUCGCGAAGAAGAGCAUCGGAACUACGAGCUAGAACACGCCAACCGAAUACACCGCGCCAUUUCUCGCAUGCGACACCCAAGCUCCUCCCGAGUGGCAAAGCUGCAUUGGCUUCACGCUCUGCCAUCAACGCACCUUCUACCGUACCGACAGAGCUACGCGAUCUACACCAGCAACUUUCAUUACUAGAAGAAAAGGCGAGCUCAUACGUCGACCUCUCCAGACUAAAGCUCGCUCUGCGGAGUCUAGAAAGUGAGGACCCGAUUGUGAGGAUUGCUUUCGUUGGACUAGGCGAGAAAGGAUACCAGGCUGCACGGAAGCUGGUACGGAUACUAUGUGCAGAUGCACUGGGCGAAGAGGCGGAAUGGGAGCGGAAUCUUUUGCAGGCCAACAAAGAUGGGGGAAGCUUGCUAUUACGAUAUGGAGAGGACAAUGGACAGCUGGGAGCAAGAAGUGGAGCGGUGGAGGAGAUGCAGAUCCCCUCGCUGUUCUUGAAGAAGUGGAAUCUGGAAAUUCUGAUCAAUGGACUGAAUCCUGCUGCGACGACCGGUUCUGAAGAGAGUGGAUUGGAAGACAGCUUGCUUGUGCCGACCCUUACGAUACCCGGAGCUGGACGAGUCGGAUUUGUGCGAUUUCCCGUGCACAAGACUGUGGUGGUCGCCGAGGGUGUAAGCGGAGCAUUGGAGCUUGGUCGGCUACCUAGCUUUGGAGACGGAACGAUGGUGCACGCGGCCCUGAACCUGCCUUUACGACUCACUGCCGCAGUUGAAGACGCGAGCACCAUGGACAUCGAUCUCGCUGAUCACGCCUUGGCACUUUUCCGCGCCAGCAAUUCCAACGGAGCUCAGUUCAGCUCCGAAUGGCAGGCGAGCCGUGUAGGCAGCGUAUCGUCAUGGAUAGCGGCCGCAGCAGACCCUUCGAAGGGCACGAAUGGCGUAAAAUCAGCGGUGGGAGACUUGGUGUCCGGAGUUCUUGCUCGAACAACGGACAGCAUUUCAGCCGCCGAGUCAAUUGCACGUUCUUUGUCUACUUCUCUAACAGUCCCUGAGAUGAGGCGAGCCGACCUCCAACAAGCCAUUACAGCUUGGUCGGAGAAGUCUCAUCGGGAUUUACAAUAUAAUCUAGCCCAUGCUCUCCUUUCGCCGACCUGGAGACGGACGGUGUGGUGGCGACUGUUCUGGCGUAUCGACGAGGUAUCCAUAUCCGCAUCAGAUGUGAUGAUUCGUGGCUGGCUGGUCGAGGCAGAACAAAAUCUCGCGUGGCUGUCCGGCCGCUCUCAGCGGGUUCCUCCCGAGGAGAAGGCAGCUGAGACUUCAACAGGUUUGGGAGCAGCUGUACUGAAGCGACCACCCCCGGUCUUCAUCCCCAUCUCUGCGCAAGAUGGACGAAAUGCCAUCUUCGACCCGCCGUGGCCACAGACCAUACACCUUGCCCGCGAGCAGACGCUCUACCGCGCAGUCCCAGCUCUACAUCGUAAAGCACAGGUCCUCAUGCUCUCAUCGCUAUCGACAAUCGGUGGGUCAGGAGCUCUUGGCGCCUGGCUUUGGGUUGCAUCAGGCGGCACAAUGAUCUACGAGGCGGGUGCUGUAGCAGCUCUGGGUCUGGUGUGGGGUCUGAGACGACUGCAGGGCAAGUGGAGUCAGGAAAGGAAUGUGUUUGUGAAUACUGUUGUGGAGAAUGGUAGGACUGUUCUGGCUGAUGUCGAGGCGAGGCUGAGGCGAUUGGUCGAGACUGGUGGGCGGGUCAAUGUCAAAGAGGAUGAAACGAAAGAGUGGAAUGCCGCGAGGCAGGGCGUGAGAAGUGUUGAGCAGGCUAUGGCGAAGCUCGAGACACACAAGUGA